UACGGGCCACGUGCGACUCGACAAGUUGCGCUUAGUUCUUCGUGAACUGUGUGGGAGGUUAGUCCGCUACAUGAAUAUAAUGUUCCGUCAAUGUCACACGUUAUGAGCGUACGCGUAACGUUUUUCGCUUUACGGGAGUGACGCGAGUGAGUUACAGGUGAGUUUGACUCGAAACCGACUCGAGACCGACCGCGGUGAUGUGCCGGUUGUGAGUGUUUUUAUCACCUAAAUGGACCAAUAUUUUGGAGAAAUGCUGUAAGAUCAAAGGGAUGGAUCAACGCCCGCAAUUUUCGCAAACCAUGAAGUGUUUACGGUACCACUGGCUGCUGCUGCCGCUCUUAACGACCCUGUGCUCGGCUAACGACGGAUUGUUUGGCUCCAAAUUCCAAAGCGAUGUUCCCGAAUACGACCUGCUGCACGCCAUCGGCGUUCCUUUCAGCAACCCAAAGACCCAAUACUUCGACGAAGGCCUUGACGGCUUCCCUGCCUAUGGUCUACGACCAGGCUCAGACAUCAAGUCUCCAUACCGCCUCUUCAUGCCUGAGAAGCUUUACCCCGAAUUCUCUAUCACUGCUACUGUCAGACCAGCGAACAAAGAUGGCGGAUUUUUAUUCUCUGUUGUCAACCCAUUAGAAACGGUAGUCCAAUUGGGGGUUCAACUGAUCCCUUCGGGUCCUGGUCUCACCAACAUAUCCUUACUGUACACUGACGCGAAUAUUUACGCUCUUUCCCAAACCAUCGCGUCGUUUGUAGUGCCAUCUUUUGCCAAGAAGUGGAGUCGCUUCGCGAUGAGGGUCACAACUGACAAUGUGACGUUGUUCCUGAACUGUCACGAGUUCGACACGGUUGCUGUAAAGAGGAAUCCUAUGGAGCUGGUCUUCGAUUCGGCUUCUACGCUGUAUGUUGGACAAGCUGGACCACUCAUCAGGGGAGCUUUUCAUGGCGCCUUCCAAGAGCUGAAACUGUACGGAUCGCCAUCGCAAGCUGAAGUGCAGUGCGUCAACACUUUUGAGGAUAUGGGUAAAGGCAGCGGCAGCGACGAGAUUGACAUUGACAAUGACAAUUUCUUGGUGGAUCAAGAAGAAGGUGAUGCUGAAGGAGGAUCAGGUCGCUAUGGAACCAUGCCGCCAUUCCCUCCGCCACCACCAGGCCUCGAUGGAUAUCCUCUUCGGUUGAGAGGAGAAAAAGGAGAACGAGGACCAAGAGGACCACCGGGAGAGUCAAUCAGAGGACCACCAGGCCCACCGGGGCCUCCGGGACCCGCUGGCCUACCAGGCGUGUCUGCUAUUACUGAAAUAUCCGGCUCUGGAGACGAUCAAAUAUUCGGAGAGAACUACGCAUCGUUGGGCCAGUGUGGCUGCAACUCCAGCACCAUUCUGUCCCUGCUGCAGACGGCUCCGGAGCUCCAGGGGCCCCCGGGUCCACCUGGCUUGAUGGGGGCUGAUGGGAGGACCGGACCUCCGGGGAUAGCGGGUCAGCCUGGAAUGCCUGGUGAAAGGGGGCCUGGUGGCCCAAGGGGAGAGAAGGGAGAACGAGGUGAUUCGGGCCCACGCGGGCCUGAAGGCCUACUGGGGCCUAAAGGGGAAGCAGGGGUAGACGGUAGGCCUGGCAACCCCGGGCCUCCCGGACCUCCAGGGCCACCAGGCUCUUCAGAGUAUAGUAACUUUGAUGAAUCAAUCAUGGGUUCCUAUGGAGGAGCCAUCGGCAGGCCCGGUGCUCCGGGUCCUAAAGGAGACGCAGGCCAACCAGGACCUAUGGGUCCAACUGGAGAAAGAGGCUUUCCAGGUCAAAAGGGAGACAGGGGGCCGGCAGGUCUACAUGGACCUAAAGGAGAUCGUGGUCAUCCUGGUCCGCAAGGUGAUCGAGGAUUGAAAGGUGAUCAAGGAAGUCCAGGCUUAGAUGGUCGACCUGGCAUACCUGGAGCUAAUGGAAGACCUGCUGAGAAAGGAGAGAAAGGUGAACAGGGAAUGCCGGGACCUCCAGGCCCACCGGCCUUGCCCUCAGGGGCUUACAGUUCAGAUAACCCAGAGUUCUUAUCAACGGGACACAUGACUGUAUCUGGGUCUAAAGGUGACAAAGGAGAAAAGGGUGAAAAGGGCAGUCGAGGUAACGACGGGCCUCAGGGUUUCCCAGGCAAGGAUGGGAAGCCUGGUGAUCGAGGAGAUAUAGGCCCGUCAGGCAUGCCUGGUAUAGAAGGACCUGCAGGUGCACCAGGUCUAAAGGGAGAGAGGGGAGAAAGAGGACCCCCUGGGCCCAUAAGUAUUACAUCACCUGGAUCUGACAUUAUAACUAUUAAGGGUGAUAAAGGAGACGCGGGCGUUAGAGGACGCCGUGGUCGUCCAGGGCCUCCAGGAUCUCGUGGCUUACAAGGCCUUCAAGGAUUACCAGGUCCUCCUGGUAGGCCUGGUGAGAAAGGUGACAUCGGCAUUCCUGGUUGGAUGGGAAGGCCUGGCACUCUAGGACCCCCAGGUAACCCGGGACCAGCAGGUCCUAAAGGGGAGAAGGGGGAUCCAGGCGUUAACAUUUUGGAUGUUUCUAUGUUCAAAGGUGAAAAAGGAGACCGAGGAUUUGACGGACUCCCCGGUGUACCAGGGUCUCAAGGUCCCCCUGGUCCUCCCGGUCCUACAAGCUCUCUGUCAGACCCAGUCCGAUACAUACCUGGCCCUCCAGGACCACCAGGCCCGCCAGGUCCACCAGGCCCUGCUGGAGCACCAGGCGCAACAGUAGUAGGACCUAAGGGAGAACCCGGAUCGAACUACCAUGAGGAAUACCCGGUGCAUGGAAACACCAAACUUUAUGGGCGGCCAGGAUCGUACGCGCAUACAAGCUAUAACCCCAAUACACAUUCCGAUGACUCCAACACGGGCAGGAAUCAAAAUAAUAUACCAGGAGCUGCUGUGUUCCAAACUACAGAAGAAAUGCUAAAGUUGGCAUCAUCUAGCCCAGUGGGAUCUUUGGCGUACGUGGUGGAAGAACAAGCGUUGCUCGUGAAAGUCAACUCUGGCUGGCAAUACGUAUCGCUGGGGUCUCUAGUGACCCACCAAGCACCAGCCGUGCCGACGCCUCCGCAGCCCACUCCACCCAUGCCUGCAGCAAGCCUGGUCCAUGUACCACCAAUUUCUAACUUGGUGGACAACUCUCCGGGGGCUAAUGGACCUAGUCUUCGAUUAGCAGCACUCAACGAGCCCCUCUCAGGCAACAUGCACGGGGUACGAAGAGCAAACUACGCAUGCUACAGACAAGCGAAACGUGCCGGCUUGAGAGGCACCUUCACCGCUUUCCUGACUAGCAGGAUCCAAAACCUAGACACAAUAGUGCGGUACGCAGACAGACAUCUGCCGAUUGUGAACACCCAAGGCGAUAUGCUGUUCAAGUCUUACUCCGACAUCUUCGAUGGCAAUGGAGGCAUCAUGGCGGCUUCUCCAAGAAUAUACAGCUUCAAUGGCAAAAAUAUUAUGACGGACUCGCAUUGGCCCCAAAAAAUAAUAUGGCACGGGUCCCAUGCGAGUGGCGAGCGGGCAUUGGACACGUUCUGUGAUGAGUGGCAAUCGGAUGACCCGAACCGAAGAGGCAUGGCCGCCUCGUUGUACUCUCACAAACUGCUUUCACAAGAAAGAUACACGUGUAACAACGAGUUCGCAGUUUUGUGUAUAGAAGCUACAUCAACGCUUAAUUUCCGCAAAAAACGUGAUAUAUCUAGCGUGAACGCGACGGGAACAUUGGACGACGAAGACUACCUUUACAACGCAGAAGAGUAUCAACAGCUACUCAAUGAGAUAUUUGCUCAACCGUUCAGAGAGAACUAAUCAAAUUGUGCCAUCGCACAACGCGAUCAAUUUUCAACCCAAUCACAAUGAACUUGAGUUCAUUAUUCAAGCACUGGCUUCGUAGUUACACGAGCCAAGUUUUGCAACGAAAGACAAUUAUUUUUUAUUAAAUGAGAUUAUUCAAUCGAGUUAUGCUUGGUGUUCAAGAGAGAUUCCUAUUAAAUAAGCUAGUAAGCUUAAGCCAUUGAAAGUUACUAUAAACUUAUGUAUGAUGAUGUGUUUGUACGCGAGUUUUUAUCUAAUGGUCGUGGUAGAGUUGUAAAUAAUUUAUUGAAUCUUAUUCAUUGAAUAUACCCAAUGAUACGUAGAUAAUGUGUCUUUUUAUCUGACUGUACUUUGUAAUACGAUAAAAAUGUAAAACAUAAAUGCGAAUAAUCAUAUAAAAAUCUAUUUAUGUCCGAUACCAUGUUUGUGCAAUAUGAAGUAGAUGCAAUAAUAAAUAAAUGUUCAUAAUAUAUACGCAAAUUAAGACACUAAAGUCAUUCUAGUGAAUUUUAUUAGUGUAUUAUUAUUUACAAUUGUAUGUAUAAUGUAAGUGAUACAAAUUUAAGUUAUACUUAAGAGCUUAGUUUGGAGGUUGUAAAUAUUAUUUUAGAUAAUUUUAUUAAUAAUAAUAUAAAUAAUUGCAGGACUGUCUUUCUCAUCCACCGUUUUUAAACAAACUUCUGAUAUUCUCGAAUCAUACAAUACAUACUACCUAUUAUUAAACUUUCAUAAUUUCUAAAAUGUAAAAUUGUAUUUUAAUUCAAUCAAAUUAUUGGUAGCAUACCUUAAUUAUGGUACUUGUCUCAAACUCUCGUGUAUGAGUAAUAUAAUUAUUAAAUUAUAUUUACUUGCUCUCUUAUGGAAAUAAUAAUUUUCAAAUUAAAAUUAAAAUGCAAACUUUCAUAACUAAAUCAUUAAAAAAACUGUUCAUUUACCUGACAUUUUUCUAAACUGUAGUAACUAGACAUGUUAACUACCAUUCUAAAAUUGAUGAGUCAUAAAGUUACCAUUAAAAAACUUCAGCAAUUCAUUGUAUUGAUUUUAUGUUUUAAGUCAGCAAAAUGCAAGUAUUUGUUAUUAAAAUAAAAU